CUCCAGCCGCCCGUAUUCCGUCCCUGUUGUCCUCUUGGGCUAUCUGUACUAGUCUCUAGGAAAACUGCUGGAAGCAAUCAGUUUCUCACGUUCACGUGACAUUCUCGUCCAAGAAAUGAGAUAGGAUGCCGAUUCUGAAUCCCAACUAGCUGUGGCUUUCACUGCUUAUCCGCGGGAAUCUGACCGACAUGCAUCGACGCUCAACUGCACGAGUGUAACGUGGCUACUUAGCACGCAUCGGGGUUCUUGUCGAGCCAGCAUACGCCUGUUAAUAGACAACCUCACUGCUCAGCCGUGCGGAAAUUUGCGACAGCGUAAUAGCGUUCACCGCGGGUAACAUCUGGUAACGUUCGCACGUUCAGGACCCGCUGUGGCGAGUUUUCCGACAUCUCGUAACCGUUCUCUACGAUGUCGCUGACGGAGGUGGUGGUUUCGUCGGAAGUGUGGCUGACGUGUGCCACGCACGCGCUCUCCACCGAAGCGGAGGAAAUCAUGGGCCUGCUGCUCGGCGAUAUCCACUACGACUACAGUGGCCGAACUCCGGUGGUCACUGCGAAUAUUUGGUCUGCUGCCCCUCAGGUCCGGGCAGACAGGAGAAAAGAUCGAGUGGAGACUACCCCGGAGCAGUUGGCAGCUGCUAGUGCCGAGGCUGAGAGGAUGUCAGCAGCCACUGGCAUGAGGACACGUGUCAUUGGGUGGUACCACUCGCACCCCCACAUCACUGUUCACCCAUCCCAUGUUGACGUGCGCACGCAGGGUAUGUACCAGAUGCUGGACGAGGGAUUCGUCGGGCUCAUAUUCUCCGCGUUCAACCGCUCCUCCACCCAUGCCCAGGCGGGUCAGCUGCAGGCGGUGGCGUUUCAGUCCAUCUCAGCACGGGACAAGGAGCAGCGAGAGCAGCGGUCACGGCACACGCCAUUGCGAGGGCAUUGGGCCCAGCUGGGCACCAAGCGAGAGCACUCCUCGCACCCCUCUGUCUCAGACCUCGAGCCCCAGGAGCUGGCAGUCGUGCUGGCUGCAGUCGAUGAAGCCCCAUCUUCUGAAUUUACAGCAUGGGAGGUCCCCAUCAGGGUGGUCCCCUCGGCCUGCGCCUUCCCCUCGCUGCCUCGCUCUCACGCUGUGGCGCCCCUCACCGGCCUUCAACGGAUGCUGCUGAUGGAAGAGAAGGAGGCGUAUAUGAAAGCCAUCGAGCAUGCGGGCAGGCACGGCCAGCCCAACCCCUUGGAGCUGAUGCACCACCACACCACCUACCAGGCUGCUCUGUGCCGCCUCAUGGAAACCUGCCUCGUCCCUGCCAUUUCUGCUCUAGAGGACAUCACUCGAAGCAACAAGGCGGCACUGAAGCUGAAACAGGAGGACCAGUCACGGGUCUCACAGGCGAACAGUCACGUGAGGAGUCAGGCUCCUGUGCACAGGUCAUCUGCUGCGCCAGCAGUAACACAAGGUCCUGUUGUAACACGGGCUCUCGCUGUAACACGCACGCCUGCUGCAGCUCAGGAGGCAGCUGCAGCGCACAAGCAUGCCAGUGUGCUGUCUCCAGUGCACGUGGAAAUGCAGAAGCUGCUGCACGCAGAGCAGCAGAGGCAGGCAGAGCAGCAGAGGCAGGAGAGGCAGGCAGAGGAGCAGAGGCAGCAGAUGGGCCAGCGUAGGAGGGAGGGAGACAUGAGAAAACACGGGAAGGGGCCAACGGACUACAUGGCUCAGCUGAGCGCCCUGCAAGUCUCCUCCCAUCCAGCUUCCGUGUCCUCCCCACAUCCUCCCAUGUCCUCCCCACAGCCUCCCGUGUCACCUGGGGCAACACCUGGUGCACGACCUGGUGCGACACCUGCUGCGACACAUGGUACGGGAGCAGCAGUGCUGCCUGUGGUUUCAAGCCCGGCUGCUGACUCCGCACCAAGCACACGCGCACAGGCAGAAGCAGGGCCCAUUAAGCGGCAUUCUAGGGAAGCGCAUGGCACGGGGCAAUCGCAUGCAGCACGGCGUAGCAUGGGGGCUUCAGGGGGAGAAGGGCAGGAGCUGCAAGGAGGGUCAACACAGCAGCAACAACUGAAGAAAAGACAGCAGCAGCGGCAGCAGCAGCUCUCACCAGCGCAAGCAGUGCAGCAGCCUGUGCUGCGUGGACAGCCAGCGGCACUAGGUAGUUUGGAUGUGCUGGCACGAGCUAGCUUGGGAGCUCAGUUGAUCCCUGCUGUGCCAGCAAGCACAGGCACAGGCUCAUCUGCAGGCAUGCAGCAAGCACCACAUGGCCUCACAUCAACAGGAGCUCAAACAGCUGCAGCAGCAGGAAGAGCAGUGUUAGGAGCAGCAGAACCAGCAGCAGCAGCAGUAGCAACAGCAACAGCAGCAGCACAGCGGGUAGCGGCAGGGCAGGGCAUGCCAGUGCCAGGUCAGCAGUUGCUGCCUGCAUACCCGCCCUCCUCUGGCUACCAGUACUCACCCAUGAACCAGCAAUCUCACAGGAUGUAUCAGCAGCAGCUUCCAGGAAACCAGCUGCAUCCACAGACCCACCAUCUCAAUCGGCAUUCUGAAGGUUCACAGCAGCGCUGACCUAGAUGAUUGCCGGUACAUUUGAUAAAUACCGGUACGGGAAAAGCUAGAGGUUAUGCUUUUUUUUCAGAUUCGGAUUUUAAGUCACCCACCCAAAGUAGAUGAGAUGAGCAUUCUUGUUAUAGCUAUGAUAUGAGAGCCCUUUUAAAAUAACUACAUUACUGUAAGGAAUUGCCAUUCCUUA